GAGGACAGAGGAGGAGGAGAAGGACAGAGGAGUCUGGAGGAGGAGGACAGAGGAGUCUGGAGGAGGAGGAAUUUGAGCCAACGCCCUGUGGUUCUCCUGGACUCCGGGCCGGUACCAUCUGUAUAGCGGUGGGAGGAGGGUCAGGGGUUGCUUAUACUGGGUUGUAGAUCCCAUCGGCUCCUGGUAUUAUUUCUAUUAUGUAUUUUCCUGUAUAUUGGGGGAGAUUAAUCAUAACCCGUCCUGAGGAAAAGAUGCUGAGUUGCCCAUAGCAACCAAUCUUUCAUUUCUCACAGGCCUUUUCAAAAAUGAAAGCAGCGAUUUGAUUGGUUGCUAUGGGCAACUCAGCAUCUUUUCCUCAGGAUGAGUUAUGAUAAAUAUCCCCCUUAGUUUCUUUAUGUUCUCAGUCAUGUAAAGAGUUAACUGUAUCUGUGUGGGAGGAUACAUGGAGAAUCACAUGAGCAAUGUGGCCAAUCAGAGUCUCCUGCUCGGCUCCACCCAGGUCUGUCUAGACAGGGAGGAGCUAGUUAGUCAGUAUGAGUCCAGUCAGAGCCAUGUGAGGACCCCUGCAGCAUACCCUCCUCUAAUGGGGACAGGCUCCAUGUCUGCUUCUUGUCCCCAUGACGACCAACUAACGGAUUCCGCCGACCCCAUGACCGCCCACAUACAGAUCCUACCGACCCCCAUGACCGCCCACAUACAGAUCCUACCGACCCCAUGACCGCCCACAUACAGAUCCCGCCGACCCCAUGACCGCCCACAUACGGAUCCCGCCGACCCCAUGACCGUCCACAUACGGAUCCCGCCGACCCCAUGACCGCCCACAUACAGAUCCUACCGACCCCAUGACCGCCCACAUACGGAUCCUGCCGACCCCAUGACUGCCCACAUACAGAUCCUACCGACCCCCAUGACCGCCCACAUACAGAUCCUACCGACCCCCAUGACCGCCCACAUACAGAUCCUACCGACCCCCAUGACCUCCCACAUACAGAUCCUACCGACCCCCAUGACCGCCCACAUACAGAUCCUACCGCCCCCCAUGACCGCCCACAUACAGAUCCUACCGCCCCCCCAUGACCACCCACAUACGGAUCCCGCCGACCCCAUGACCACCCACAUACGGAUCCCGCCGACCCCCAUGACCGCCCACAUACCGAUCCUACCGACCCCCAUGACCGCCCACAUACAGAUCCUACCGCCCCCCAUGACCACCCACAUACGGAUCCCGCCGACCCCAUGACCGCCCACAUACGGAUCCCGCCGACCCCAUGACCGCGCACAUACGGAUCCCGCCGACCCCCAUGACCGCCCACAUACAGAUCCUACCGACCCCCAUGACCGCCCACAUACAGAUCCUAACGCCCCCCCAUGACCGCCCACAUACAGAUCCUACCGCCCCCCCAUGACCACCCACAUACAGAUCCUACCGCCCCCCCAUGACCGCCCACAUACAGAUCCUACCGCCCCCCCAUGACCGCCCACAUACAGAUCCUACCGCCCCCCCAUGACCGCCCACAUACAGAUCCUACCGCCCCCCCAUGACCGUCCACAUACAGAUCCUACCGCCCCUCCAUGACCGCCCACAUACAGAUCCUACCGCCCCCCCAUGACCACCCACAUACAGAUCCUACCGCCCCCCCAUGACCGCCCACAUACAGAUCCUACCGCCCCCCCAUGACCGCCCACAUACAGAUCCUACCGCCCCCCCAUGACCGUCCACAUACAGAUCCUACCGCCCCUCCAUGACCGCCCACAUACAGAUCCUACCGCCCCCCCAUGACCACCCACAUACAGAUCCUACCGCCCCCCCAUGACCGCCCACAUACAGAUCCUACCGCCCCCCCAUGACCGCCCACAUACAGAUCCUACCGCCCCCCCAUGACCGCCCACAUACGGAUCCCGCCGACCCCAUGACCGCCCACAUACAGAUCCUACCGCCCCCCCAUGACCGCCCACAUACAGAUCCUACCGCCCCCCCAUGACCGCCCACAUACGGAUCCCGCCGACCAGUCCUGCAGUCCAGUCUGUCCACAAUAACUUCAAGUACCGAACGGAUAAUGUGAGUGAAAGCUUCAGAGUCCGGUUAUCGGGGGACAGAGCACCGAUCCCCGGUCUCUACGGAAUUACUACUCCCGGUCACAUUUUCCUGCAAACCAAUCGGCCAUCGGCACAUCCUCAUCCGUCCAUGACGCCCCCUGAUCGGCGAGGAGCAGACGUAUGACCUCCGACCGCCCUGGAGGAAACAUUAAAAAUAUGUCAGAGGACAAGUCAAAGGUGACAGAACAGCGCCCCUCAUGGCCAUAGGCUGAAACACCAGGUUAACAAAUGUCACCCGCAGUGAUGGGGUCAUGUAUAGACGGGGGUAUAAGAAGACAAAAUAGAGGAGGAAUACGGAAAGAUCUAGAAAAGAGAAGGAAAGCGAUGAGGAAACAGAUGGUCCCCGGAGAGUAUGAGACCGAACAGAAAAGAUUAUGGGAGAACAGAAGGGAUCAUCUAUGGGGAGACCAGAAAGGAUCAUCUAUGGGGAGAACAGACAGGAUCAUCUAUGGGGAGAACAGAAGGGAUCAUCUAUUGGGGGAACAGACGGGAUCAUCUAUCGGGAGUAACAGACUGGAUCAUCUAUGGGAAGAACAGAAGGGAUCAUCUAUUGGGGGAACAGACGGGAUCAUCUAUGGGGAGGAACAGACGGGAUCAUCUAUGGGGAGAACAGACGGGAUCAUCUAUGGGGAGAAACAGACGGGAUCAUCUAUGGGGAGAACAGACGGGAUCAUGUAUGGGGAGGAACAGACGGGAUCAUCUAUGGGGAGGAACAGACGGGAUCAUCUAUGGGGAGAACAGACAGGAUCAUCUAUGGGGAGGAACAGACGGGAUCAUCAAUGGGGAGAACAGACGGGAUCAUCUAUGGGGAGGAACAGACGGGAUCAUCUAUGGGGAGGAACAGACGGGAUCAUCUAUGGGGAGGAACAGACGGGAUCAUCUAUAGGGAGAACAGACGGGAUCAUAUAUGGGGAGAACAGACGGGAUCAUCUAUGGGGGAGAACAGACGGGAUCAUCUAUGGGGAGAACAGAUGGGAUUAUCUAUGGGAGGAACAGACUGGAUCAUCUAUGGGGAGAACAGACGGGAUCAUCUAUGGGGGAGAACAGACGGGAUCAUCUAUGGGGAGAACAGAUGGGAUCAUCUAUGGGAGGAACAGACUGGAUCAUCUAUGGGGAGAACAGACAGGAUCAUCUAUGGGGAGGAACAGACGGGAUCAUCUAUGGGGAGAACAGAUGGGAUCAUCUAUGGGGAGAAUCGACAGGAUCAUCUAUGGGGAGAACAGACGGGAUCAUCUAUGGGGAGGAACAGACGAGAUCAUCUAUGGGGAGGAACAGAUGGGAUCAUCUAUGAGGAGAACAGACGGGAUCAUCUAUGGGGAGGAACAGACGGGAUCAUCUAUGGGGAAAACAGACGGGAUCAUCUAUGGGGAGAACAGACGGGAUCAUCUAUGGGAAGGAACAGACGGGAUCAUCUAUGGGGAGGAACAGAGGGGAUCAUCUAUGGGGAGGAACAGACGGGAUCAUCUAUGGGGGAACAGACGGGAUGAUCUAUGGGGAGAACAGACGGGAUCAUCUAUGGGGGGAACAGACUGGAUCAUCUAUGGGGAGAACAGACGGGAUCAUCUAUAGGGAGGAACAGACGGGAUCAUCUAUGGGGAGGAACAGACGGGAUCAUCUAUGGGGAGAACAGAUGGGAUCAUCUAUGGGGAGAACAGACGGGAUCAUCUAUGGGGGGAACAGACUGGAUCAUCUAUGGGGAGAGCAGACGGGAUCAUCUAUGGGGAGAACAGACGGGAUCAUCUAUGGGGAGGAACAGACGGGAUCAUCUAUAGGGAGAACAGACGGGAUCAUCUAUGGGGGAACAGACGGGAACAUCUAUGGGGAGGAACAGACGGGAUCAUCUAUGGGGAGGAACAGACGGGAUCAUCUAUGGGGAGAACGGACUGGAUCAUCUAUGGGGAGAACAGACAGGAUCAUCUAUGGGGAGGAACAGAUGGGAUCAUCUAUGGGGAGAACGGACUGGAUUAUCUAUGGGGAGAACAGACGGGAUCAUCUAUGGGGAGGAACAGACGGGAUCAUCUAUAGGGAGAACAGACGAGAUCAUCUAUGGGGUGAACAGACGGGAUCAUCUAUGGGGAGGAACAGACGGGAUCAUCUAUGGGGUGAACAGACGGGAUCAUCUAUGGGGAGGAACAGAGGGGAUCAUCUAUAGGGAGAACAGACGGGAUCAUCUAUGGGGAGAACAGACGGGAUCGUCUAUGGGGAGGAACAGAUGGGAUCAUCUAUGGGGAGAACAGACGGGAUCAUCUAUGGGGAGGAACAGACGGGAUCAUCUAUAGGGAGAACAGACGGGAUCAUCUAUGGGGAGAACAUACGGGAUCAUCUAUGGGGAGGAACAGACAGGAUCAUCUAUAGGGAGAACAGACGGGAUCAUCUAUGGGGAGAACGGACUGGAUCAUCUAUGGGGAGAACAGACGGGAUCAUCUAUGGGGAGGAACAGACGGGAUCAUCUAUAGGGAGAACAGACAGGAUCAUCUAUGGGGUGAACAGACGGGAUGAUCUAUGGGGAGAACAGACGGGAUCAUCUAUGGGGGGAACAGACGGGAUCAUCUAUGGGGAGGAACAGACGGGAUCAUUUAUAGGGAGAACAGACGGGAUCAUCUAUGGGGCGAACAGACGGGAUCGUCUAUGGGGAGGAACGGACGGGAUCAUCUAUGGGGUGAACAGACGGGAUCAUCUAUGGGGAGGUACAGACGGGAUCAUCUAUGGGGAGAACAGACGGGAUCAUCUAUUGGAGGAACAGACGGGAUCAUCUAUGGGGGAACAGAGAACAUUCACUUACCUCUUAAUGGGAAAUAGGUGAUGACGUAUCCACUCACUAGGAAAGAGGAAAAGAGACGAGUUAACGAUGAUCAGAACACAAACAGCAUAUUAUGUAUUAAUACUCUAUAGGACAUCUGGAGCAGUGAGCACGCUCACCUCUGUCUGUAUCUACCAUAGAACAUGGACGCUCAGUUCUGUCUGUAUCUACCAUAGAACAUGGACACUCAGCUCUGUCUGUAUCCUCCAUAGAACAUGGACGCUCAGCUCUGUCUGUAUCUACCAUAGAACAUGGACGCUCAGCUUUGUCUGUAUCCCCCAUAGAACAUGGAUGCUCAGCUCUGUCUGUAUGAUAUUUACAUACUUUGUUGUAGAACAAAAUAGAAAUAUGGGACGGCACUGCCUUAUAUCCCAACGUAUAACACCUGUACCUGGAGAGAAAUGAAAAGCCGCAAUCUCAAUGUCAGUCUUUCGGUGCUCAGUGGCAACAGAACAAGAGCAAAUGCUCAUAACAUGCUUAUACUGUAUGCUCAUACUGGAAGGUCCAGUAGAAGCCACGGUUGCGGCGAAACGGUCGUUGGCCUGUUCCCUGUCUCCACUCCCGAUGUCUGUGUACCCCUUCGUCUGAAUAAAGAAGCAGCAUGAUGUCAGCGCAUCGAGUGCCGUGAGCAUCUUUUCUCUUUGCAUCUUAUAUACAUACUUUGUUCCCACGGUCUACACGAUUCUCCGCACCAGAUCGGUGCCUCCCCAAGUGUAAAGCCAACCCCUCGGGCACUUAUUUUUUUUCAACCAUCCUGAAAAGCUAAGGCGAUGUUCAGACCUGUCCAACGUGAUAUUCUGUGAAGAAUGAUAUGCCGCAUAUACCACAGCGCGUCCCCCCGGACCCCUCCAUUACAAUGAGCCCCAUGUGGUCUACAAGGGACCAUGUUCAGAGCCUUUGGUCACCCCCCCCCCCCCCUUGAGGGCACUUGCUGUGGUACCUACAUCCCAUUCUCCAUUGUUGCCAACGUAGACCACAGAAUUCCCUGUCGGACAGGUCUGAAUAUUUGAAGUUAUU